GGAGAUGAACGUCGGUGUGCGCCAUCGUAAAUGCUGAGAAUUGUUUUUCCUUGAUAAACAAUAGAGCGGGUGCUUUCGAAUAUUAAGUGGUUUAUUGAAAGCUUAAUAUAAAAAAUAAAUAAGAGCUUCCUUUUUGUAAAGAUUUUAGGAUGGCUUCUAAAAAUAUAUCCGCCUCCAAAAUCAAGGGUGAUACUAAAAGUGUAAUGAUAAAUGAUACAGCUGAUGCUGCCCUCUUAUCUGAUAAAAAGUCUGCUGUGGUAGAGGAACAGGAUUCUUCAGGCUUUGAAAAAGGACUCAAACUAAAUGAUGAAAAACCUACUAAAUUGAAAUAUGAAACAGAUGUAUUAAAUGAAGUGGAUAAUAUUUUAGGCAAUAAAUCAUCCACGCCAUCCUUAAAGAUUCUGAAAACAGCAGCAACUGCAGCAAGCACUUCACCGAUUACAACUAUAAAGAAAGAAACAAGUGAUGAAGAAGAACCAUUAUCGAAAGCUCCUGCCUACAAACCUACUCGUAUAAAAUUAGUCAAGACUGUGAAUCAACAGGCCAGUGAAGUAAAUUCUGAUGCUACAGCCAGCCUGAAUGAGGCAUCUGAUGGGGAUAAAAAAGGAGGAGCUAAUGUUAUACGGUUAUCUGUUAAAGAUCUUUCUGAUGAAGAGAGAAGGAAGCUUAGAGCAAAAAGAUUUAAUAUCAUUGUUGCUGAUACUUCUAAGAGUGUUAAAAAAACUGUAACAACAAAAGCUGCUAAUCCAAUCUCCAAAGGUAUAUCCAGCUCAUCAAAUGUUCCUGCUCCAUCAUAUGACAUCUUAAAGAGAAGAGCUGAACGAUUUGGGGAAAAUGUUUCUACAGUUAUGAAAAGUUUGGAUCAUAAAGAGAAGAUGCUGAAGAGGAAACUGAAAUUUCUCGAAGGUGCUACAAAUUUGAAAGAAGUUGAAAUAAAAAAGAAGAGGGCCGAGCGAUUUCGAAUGAUUUAAAAGAAUGCAAUUCAAGAACUCAUGUAUAGCUUCCACUGAUAAUUUGGAUCACAUAACCUAUUGUACAGUGUCAUCAUUGAAUCAGAAUAAAAUUUGUUAUUGAUACUCA